AUGAAAACAAUGCUCGACUCCGACGGCAGCGUCGCCUCUGGGAGAGUGGCUGGGAAGUGGGAGCUCGUCGGCACCGAGUCAAUGGGCGAGGGCGCCAUCUUGAGCGUCAGCUGGCGCGCGUGUGUGCGCCGCGCCCCCGCCAAUAAUUUCGUUUCUCGGCUGACAGGGCUCGACUCCACCGGGACGGAGGGGCGUCGGGGGGGCCCGAGGGGGGCGGCGGCGAUCAUCCAU